CGCGAGGCUGACGCCAUAGUGGUGGCUGUAGUGUCUCGGAGGUUCUCGUAUCGAGUCUGUCGCCCUCCGAUGGAUAAGUUUCAACGCUUCAACCUGGCAAGGCUGACGCCACCGUCUUCCUGAAUUCCUGCUGUCUCUGACGAUUGCGCAUCAAAGCUGCUUUCAUUUGAUGAGUUUCUACUGAUCAGCCAUGGAGCAGCCACUCGGACAACUCGUUAGUUCGGGAGGUUUAAGAUAUAUUUGGUUCUACCCUUGCGUCCGCCGCCUUCUUGUUCGGUCGUAUUCAUCCCCAUUUCCCUCGUGUCAUUAAUACGCAUCGUACCUCUCCCUGCGCAUCAAAGACUCCUUGAAGAAGACCUCUACAACUGAGAGAAAAGCAUCAGCCUAAGAAUAUCAUCCCUCUCCAAAUUAUAUCAGCAGCUGGCGAAUUCUCCAAAUUUCUCCCAGCAACAUGCACGCACUCAAGUCUAUCAUCGUCGGUACUCUUGCCACCACGGCAUCGGCCACCUACUUCAACGGCGAAGCCCUGCGCCGUGAAGUCCUUCAAGUCCGAGCAACUUCGUCAUCUGUAUCAGCCGCCACGGUCACCAAAUCAUAUCCCACCGCAACGGCGUCUAAGAACAGCAGCAACGUCUGUGAUUCUGUCCUCAGUGGCCUCUCAACCGUGCUUACGGGGCUCCCGACACCGACAGGUGAUCUUUAUAGCUACCUGAAAACUGCAGCCACGACGCUCACUGAUCCUUGCCACCUCACAGUCCCCUCCGCCAUCGCCCCCGCCUUCAGCACCUACGAAUCCGCCGUAAUAUCCUUCUACAGCGCCCACAAAUCGCAGCUCAACUCCGCCGUCUCUGCUUGUCCCAAACUCACAAGUCUUGUUGCAAACCCUGUCUGCUCCACGGCGGCCUCCUCUACAAAAAUUGUGAAGACGAUUCCCCCGGCUACGCCGAUUCCUACCCCGACGGAGUCCGUGACGGGGACAGGGACCGGCUCGUCGUCGACCCCGAGCACGUCGAUUAUUAACACUGGUGGCGCGAACGAGAUGAGAGAGAAGAGUACGGUGGCUUUGCUUGCUAUUGGCGUGGUUGGAGUUGUGGCAAUGCUCUUGUGAUAGAGGUUUGUUGAUGGGUUAUGGUAGGCAACAAAGUGCUAGUGGACGUAGCAUGGAGGAGCAGAGGCAACAGAGGCGAAUAAAGCUUAAAAAUUCGUUGAACUAGCCUGAAGUUCGAUAAUGUAAUUCGGAAGGAAACAAGAGAGGAGUGAUUUAGCAAAAAAUAAACAUACCCCCUUUCUUUUACCAAGGGGCUGGUCUCAAAACGGGCCUCACAAGAUCAGACAAGAAACGUCUUGGUUUAUCAAAUCCAUUU